ACUGUCAUUUAUGAUGGGGAAGACGGAACGAGAGCUGCUAAACACGAAAUAAACCUUUCAAGAAGUAUCAAAAACUACUUUUAAAGUCACUCGUGUAGCGUUUAAAGUUAACGACGGCAUGUUUUAGUGUCUCACAGAGAAGCAGCAACUUUUGGCUCUACGUCUUUCACUCUGCGACAGGAGUUACAGCCAGUUUCGGAGGAUGUCAGCCCCCAGCAACUCGCUCCAGCAGCCGAGGGUGAGACGCAGCAAUGCGGGCUCCCCCGGCUCGUUCAACAACAGCAGCUGCCGUUUGCACCCCAUCCGUGCCACCGUGCCCUACCAGCUCCUGCGCGGGGGGCAGAGCAGCCCGCCGCGGUCCCAGACCCUCUACGGUGGAGCCACCAACAGCCGGGGCUCCAGUCCCCCCUCCAGCCCGUCUCUCAGCUCAGGAAGUGCAAAUGCUAAGCAAAGACUGUCCCCCGAAAACAAGGACUCCUCCUGUCCCCCAGACUCUCCAGUGUCCAGAGCAGAAAGGUCCAAGUUGCAAGUUCGUAGUUCCAGUGCCAUCCGGCGGACAUCUUCCCUGGACGCCAUCACGGGGCCAUACCUCACCGGCCAGUGGCCUCGGGACUCCCAUGGACCCUACCCCUCCUGUAUGAAAGACAAAGCCACACAGACUCCAGGUCUCUGGAUUGAUGAGGGAGCAGAACAAGGAAGUCCUCACCAGCGGUCAGCAUCAUGGGGCAGCGCAGACCACCUCAAAGAGCAGAUUGCUAAACUGAGACUGCAGCUGCAGCGCAGCAAACAAGUCAGCCGGCAGAGCAAAGACAGAGAGCAGAGCUCUCUGCAGCUGCAGCAACAGGCACAGCAUGGCACUGCAUGCCAAGCACAGUACAAGGGAAGUCCAGCCUUGUCAACGAUCCCUGUGCCAAAAUCCCUCAUAUGCAGGGUGCCGAGCAGCGUGGAGGGCAUCAGCCACGAGCUAGAAAAUGUGUUUAUCAGAGAGGACUGGGAACAGGGGAUACAGGCCAUGGAUGUGGUAGAUGGCCGCCGCGCCCCCUUCCCUACGCGCCAUGAAGGCAGCAGCAGUGGGGACACACGUGACACAGACACACAGGCUCCUUCAAGUGGUGAGUCCAGCCCUUCGCCCCGCCCCCGCAGCUCUGACCACGUCCACUCUGCUGAUGGAAGCCCGUGCUCUGCAGAGGAAAUCGACAAAGACAGUGUGUGCAGUUCUCCUCUCCCCAAGUUCGCCACAUCUCCCAAACCCAACAACAGCUACAUGUUCAAGCGGGAACCUCCAGAGGGCUGUGAGAGGGUCAAAGUGUUUGAAGAGAUGGUGUCUGGCAAAUCAAAAGGCUUCCCUCUCUUCUCGUGCCCCGACAAAAACAAGGUGAACUUCAUUCCCAGGGGUUCGGCCUUCUGCCCCGUCAAACUCCUCUGCUCCUCCUUCUUCACCCCGGUCUCCUCCUUGUCCUGCUCCUCCGCCAACGACAGUCCAGCACCUCAGAUGACUGCAACUCUGCCCACUGCACCACUAGCUACCUUCCCGGCCUCCGCUGACUGGAGCACCGACACGAGCACAGGCACGAACACAGACAACAGCACAGGCAGCCAGAGCCCCGACACAGACGUGGGGACAGACGGCUCAGCACAAGUUCUCCUCACCAGCUAGUCCUCAGGUAUUCAUUACCAAACCACCCAACAGCUGAAACUUUACCGCUAAUUGGAUGGUUUGGUUUUAAAACAAAUACAUUUAAAAAAGAAAAAAAAAAAAAAAAAUCCUCGCACUCCGUUAAUCCUAACGUUAGCCAGCAGGGACCGCCCGAGGUUUAGACGUGA